UGUCUUUUGGUCGUGCAAAUGCACAGCGGGGCGCCUGUGAUUCACACGCUGAAGUAUUUCUACACUUCGUCCUCUCAAGUUCCAAACUUCCCAGAGUUUGUGAUGGUUGCUUAUGUUGAUGAAGUCCAGGUGGUUCACUAUGACAGCGAGAGCAAGAAAGCAGAAGCCAAACAGGACUGGAUGAACCAAAUCACAGAAGAGGAUCCAAACUACUGGCAGAGAAACACAGAGAACUGGGUUGUUGCUGAGCAAGUCUACAAAGUCAACAUUGAAAUUCUUAAGAAGCGUUUCAACCAAACUGGAGGUGUUCACAUUGUCCAGUUGAUGUAUGGAUGUGAAUGGAAUGAUGAGACUGAUGAAGUUAAAGGUUGGCAUCAGGAAGGUUAUGAUGGAGAAGAUUUCAUGUCGUUGGACAUGAAGACAUGGACAUAUACUGCAGCAAAACAACAAGCUUUCCCCUCCAAACUCAAGUGGGACCAGGACAUACUUAGACUAGACCACCUAAAGUAUUACUACACUGAGGAUUGUCCUUCUUACCUGAAGAAGUAUGUGAAGUAUGGCAAGGAGGUCCUAAUGAGAACAGAGCUUCCAGAGGUGUUCCUCCUCCAGAAGACGCCGUCCUCUCCGGUCACCUGCAUGGCGACAGGUUUCUACCCCGACCUAGCCGACCUGUUUUGGAGGAAAGACGGCGAGCAGAUGUUCGAGGACGUGGAGCACGGAGAGCUGCUCCCCAACCACGACGGAACCUUCCAGAUGUCGGUGGAGCUGAAAGUGGAGGUGACGGCCGACGUGGAGGGCAAGUACGAAUGUGUGUUCCAGCUGUCUGGCGUCGAGGAGGACUUGGUCACCAAGCUGGAGAGAAGAAGCAUCCUGAGCAACGCAAGCCAUGAAGACCACUGGAGCAUCGCCCUCUGUACCACGGCGGCGGUCGUGGCUGUGGCGGCCCUCCUGGCGGCCAUCUUCCUCGUCAGGCGACACAGACAAGAUCCACAGAGACAGAGCACCCACUCUUACAUAGAAACACAGCGUGGCGUGAGGAAAAAGUCCAUUUCACCUUUUGUUUCUCUGUCAUUUCAGCCCAAUACGAUCCAGCUCCUCGCCACGGCGGGGCCGAGCUCCCCGAGGACAUGCCGGCUGAAGGCUGAGUGGGACACGAUUCUUCUUUGGCUGUUGGUGGCUUUCUUUGAAUCACCGCUGCUUGUGAUCAAUAUCACAUUGUGUCACAUCUCUGUCAAUAAAUUCCGUUUGUUGUCCGCCACGGGCAAGACCAAAAAGCUGCCGAAGAUUGUAGACCCGCACAAGACCGGAAUGGACUACAAGACCAUCAGCUUGACCAACUGCAGGAGAUGUUUCGUCCUGAGGAAGAUGGCUACCCACCAGCUGCAGCCAAUGAGGGGAACUCCUUUGAAGUCACAUGACAGUCCCUCCCAGCCACAACACUUCCUCAUUCUCCACCAAUCACCUUUCAGACACGGCUGGUAUACUUUUCGGCCACCGGGUGGCGGUAGAGACUCCAUGUUUUACCUGAAGAAACCUUACUUCUGA